UCGCGGUACUGUUGUGUCUUGUGUUGAGUUGCACAUGCCCAUGAAGCUGUUCACAGUUACUUUGUUUGAAACUAGCUUCACUCUUUUUGUUUGCUUGGUUUUCGGAUGAGGUUUGCGAUAUUGUCCUCAUAGUGAUCAUGCCUUUCUCUUAGGUUGAAAGAUCAUAUGGUAAUUAUGAUGAAACUGGCGGCAUCCGGUCUGACAAGAUAUUUCCCGGCCGUCUACAGGUGUUAUCAAGUAAUCACAGCGGACGAUUAGUAGUGAGCAGAUAAUAGAGCCGACGAUUACAGCACCCACCGUUCGAUAUCAACACUCAAAUACGAUAAUUAAUUACAACGUACGACAACAUCGCUUUGGAUACGAUAACAUAACUCAACGUACGAUGUCUGUAACCCUGUGAUAAUGGUCAAUUUCGUCAUAACCAUGAAUUUUAAAUCUACCGAGGACUAAAAAAAUGAUUUGAUAUGUCAUUUUGAUAAUGAAGACCGAUAAGAGCGCAAUUUGAAGUAUUGACACUUAAGUAUUCUCGCCCGUAAAAACUGCACAUUAAAUCUGUCCUCUGCCGCGUCAAGGGUUCGUUCUGUGUAUCCUAAAGACAACUAAAAGGAAACUUUAAAAAAAAGGGCUCACUUGAGGCAUCAUGAAAGCUGUACUGCUGAUAAUCUUCACUGCCCUGAUCUGCUCUAGUGAAGCCCGCAUUGGAACAUUCUGGCAUGUAACGGAUUUCCACUUGGACGUCAAUUACACGACAGACGGAGACACGGCUUCAAUGUGCUGGAAGAGCAAAUCGCGAGCUCGGAAUAGGCGGCCGGGGCCUUACGGGGACUAUCUCUGUGACGCUCCAAUACAGCUGGUUCUGUCAGCCGUGGAUGCUAUGCGCAAAAUACACUCGAAUCCGGAUUUCGUUAUGUGGACUGGAGACGACACAGCGCACGUGGAGGACAAGUAUUUCUCAACUGGUACCGUAGUCGAAAUCGUGAAAACGCUGACAGACAUUCUUAACGAUACUUUCCCCAACGUUCCUGUUCUACCAGUGCUUGGCAACCACGAUUACCAUCCAAAAAACCAGCUGCCCCCAGGACAGAGCCCGCUUCAGGGACAAGUAGCCCAAUUAUGGAAGCGUUGGUUAGACCGUUUGGAUCCUGACAAGGCCUUUAGGUCCUUCAACUCAAGUGGUCGCUAUGUGGCGGACAUUAAAGGAUCCAAAGUAUCGGUCAUGGCCCUAAAUACAUUAAUUUGGUACAAAAGUAAUAACUCCACGGCCCUUAACGAGACGGCAGACGACCCUGAUCGCCAGUUUGCAUGGGCCGAUGAACAGCUGACGACCUUGGCUAAGAAUGGCAGGAAGGUGUACCUCAUGGGCCACAUCCCCCCUGGCAACUUCGAGCGAUACCAGCAGAAGAUAGAAGGGUUCCACUGGUACCAGGAGAGGUAUAACCAGCGGUUCAUUAAGUUAAUACAAGAUCAUUACGAAGUUAUCGAGGCUCAGUUCUUCGCCCACCACCACACUGAUUCUUUCAGGUUGUUCUUCAAGGACGACAGGAGAGAUGACAAGGCGCAGGCGAUCAGUUACCAGUUGCUGGCACCUGGCGUCACACCCUGGAAGUCGACUCUUUCUGAAGAGACGGGUGCCAACAAUCCUGGCAUAAGGCUGGUCUCCUAUGAUACCGAAACUGGGAAGCUUAAGGAAGUAACGACCUAUUACUUGGACCUCCGAGCAGCCAACGAAGACGAACCAGAGUGGAAGUUCGAGUACAACUUCACGACCUAUUAUAGCUUGAAGAAUAUCUCUGCCUCCUCGCUCUUUGACCUCAAUAGCAGGAUGACGAACGACCGUAAGCUGUUCGAUCGAUACUACGUGGCCAACACAGUGAAAUACGAGGAUGCAUCAGUAUGUAGCCCCAACUGCCAAAAACUGCACAGGUGCUCUAUCACAGAAGUAGAUUACGGGAGGUUCCGCGCCUGCAACGCCGCGUCCAAACUCGUCCCUUGGUCUCUCUUCUUCUCUUUGAUUGUGGUAGGCUUUCAGUGUCUCUGGUCGCUCCGUUAGUCGUCGAGCCACAGAAUAUGAAAUUUUGCUCUGAAUGGUUACUGAUAGGAUCCGUUUAUAAUCCUUGGUGUAAGGUUUUAUCCAACAGACCUUGUGUAUUUAACUGAGAUAUUGAUGAAAAUGCCACACAAGUGAUUCUCAAUGACUUGAGCAGUUUUGCAGACGGUAUGUUGUAGAAUCAAACAACUGUUACAAUUGUUUACAUGAAGACUUUUUCGAUUUCAUCAGUCUAGUUAUAAUAUAUUCUUGAGAAAGUGUGUUGAUUAUCAAUCAUGAAAGUACACUACUUCUAAAUUUCUUCUUGGAAUGCGUGCGUGAGAUAAAUAAGUUCCAGUAAAUAAUAAAGGGUGUAACACUAAGCAUGUUUCAUAGAGCACUGGAGUCAAUAAAAGUAUAUCUAAAGUUU